AGGGAAAGUGGGAUUCGGUCUGUCGGCAGUCGGCAUCAACAUUAAACAUAAAGUGAUCAUUAAACUAAAACGUAUAGUCCGUAUAGUCACAAUCCACUACUUAAUUCAUUCAGCUAUUUGAAGAAUUGAAUAACUUUUAAGAAACAUUUCCAGAUUCUCACCUUCACAAUGUAAGAUUUUAAUUAGCCUCUUAAAAUUAACCAGAAUCCUUGGUAUAAAAAUUAUAAAAUACACUUAGUGACUUAGUGUUACUCCUUACUCCUAGUCUAGUCCUAGCCUAAUAAAAAAUAAGAAUAAUUAAUUAAUUAAUAAAAACAAUAAUAAUGUGAAUAGUAAUAUUAUAAUAUUAGUAGUCUAAGUAGUUAAGGCUAAUGCUUAAUACUUAUUAGUAGGCCUAAUUCUAGUAAAAGCCUAUAAUGCCUAUAAUUAUAAAUAAAAGGCCUACCAAAAGUUAAAAGUAAAAGGCCUAAUAAUAAUAAUUUAACUACUAAAAUCUAAAAUACAAAAGUCUAAAUGCCCUGUGUUUUGUCACCAUCAUCAAUAAUCAAUAUUUUGUCAAAUAAUAUUACUAAUAUUAUGAUUACUCAGUGAUUACAAUCAGUGUUUCUUCCAGACAAUUGGGGGGGGGGGGGGGGUUUUUAGGGGGGGAGGGGGCUAAGCAAUGGCCUCAUAGCUAAUGCCAUGGGGGCAGGGGGGGGGAACGACAAAUGUCCACAGGUGCCAAACUAGCAGGAGUGCCAAUAUGGGCUUUGAUGUAUUUAAGGGAUGAAAAUGGGUUUCAGUUUUGGGGGGUACAAUACAUCUAAUUACCCUUGCGCUAAAAACUGUAGCUACGCUUCUGCCAGUGGUGAAUAAAUGGGGGCAGAUGAGGUUAUCCACACAGUUGUUACUUGUUCUUUAUUUGGAGGUGUGGCUUUUUCGGACAACUGCAUAGUUUGUAUUGUAAAAGGAAGUGCGCCAAAUAUCUUGUCCCGGCCAUGGCUGCACUAAUACUAGCUAUGCCACUAGGCAGUGUAUCCCCAGACAAUUUGUGACUAUUUCAGAAUCAAGAGGUGCAUUUUGGAGUAUACCUGAAUUAAAUGUUUCUAUUAGACCUUAUGAUCUGAGGAAGGAACUUUUUAAGCGAUGGUAGAGGCAUUAUGGUGCCCAGAGCCAUACAUUAACUGAAUUCAUUUCGGCUCUGGCGUGCCCCAAGAGCAAUCAUUUGGCACAAGCUUAGAUUCAACCCCAUACUGUAACCCUGAUCAGCGUAGAGAAGGGGGGUGCAGAAAUUGAGGGUGCGAAGACUGCCAGGCAUAUUCAAAAUGCAAGGAUGCAUUCGGCAUCUACUUUAAUUCAAUAUGAACUUUCAGAUGUGUUGAAAUCGGCACAUAAUAAUUUUAUUUAGCUUUUCACCAGCCAUAUAUGUACUAACAGUACUUUAUUAUUCCAAUAAAAACAAUAUGUAUAUGUUGGAGUGAGUCAAAAGGUUAAGUUGUAUUUUUACAGUCUUAAAAACCCCAAGUUUAAAACAGGGAAACCUCUUUUUUUUCAAUUAUUUAUUUCUUGAUGAUUUGUUGUUUUAUUAAACGUUUUUUUUUAGUCUGUUUACAUCUUUUCAAUUUUUAAUAAUUGCCAUGUAUUGCUAAAUCUUUUGUCAAGGGAGGUCUUUCAUUUUUUAAAUAAAAAUUACACUACUUUUUUUUACUGACAGGAUAAUUUCAAGUUUUCAUUAUUUUUACAAUGUACAUUUUGUUUUAAAAGGAAAGAUAUUGUAUUAUCGCUCAUUCCCUCCAUUAAAUAUACAAAUACAAUAAGUAAAGUAUUCAAUUGGUCUAUUACUGAUUUCAUUUCUUUAUAAUAUGCUUCCCCUUUAUGUAAAUUUUAUUCAUCAACAACAAUUUGUAGCACCAUCAACAGUAUCAAAUGCAUUUCCCAUGGCAGCAGAUGAUUCAGGACUUUUUGUAACCAUUGUUUGCAGUUUGAAUUUUACUUAUAAUGAUCAUGUGCUGAAAAUCAGUAUAUACAACAUUAAAUGAAGUCCUUAGAGCUUAGCAUUUCAAUUUUUUUUUUCUUCUGAUGACCCUAUUAUCUUAAAUAAAAUUAGACAAAAUAUUGUUGAUUUAUACUGAAUUAUCUCUCCUGUUUUGAUUGAGAUACAAACAAUUUAUGUAAAUAAAUCAAUAUAUGUUAAGCUUUAAUUAUUAUUACAAAAAAUACUAAUUCAAAUGUUUUUGCAAAUGCCUUCAAUAGUGCAACAAAAACAUUCAUAUUAGUAUAAAUUAAAUUUAUAUUAUAUAUAUCCUACCUAUACCUUAAAAGAAAAGAAUAAGAAUGGGCCCUAAGGAAAACAAAGCUCAGAAGAAAGGAACGAAAGUGGGAAAAGUACAAUUUAAAUCAAAACAAUAAAAAUAUGUUUACAGUCAAAUUGAAUGUCUAUUUUUUAAACAAAAGUAUUUUAUUCAUAUAUUUUAGUACAUAUUUUAUUAACUAUGCAUACUUAUACCAAUUUUUAUUUUAAGUUGUUUGUAUUUUUUAAUAUAAUUUUUAAAUCAAGGAUACUUCAUCUUUAAUGUGAGGUGAGAAGAUGGGUCGUCGCCUAGACAACCUUUACUUUGAUACUACAUAUUAUCCUGUGGCUGCAUUCAGCUGUGCUUUUUUUCUCUACCUGUAUAGGUAAAAUUUAAUGUUAUCUCAAUGGAUGCAAACAUUUGUCUUAUAGCUAUACUAAUAACUCUCAUAAGGGCAUUUGAAGCUGAAAAAUGGCACAUGAGAAGGGAUGCAAAAAUAUUGUCUGUGUGCUUCAUUUAGUGAAUACCACAGAAAUUCUUUACUCUACCAUUCUCAAGUGCCGUUUAUGUGUGAUUUUUUUAAGGCUAAAUUUAAUUGUAUAAUGGACUUUUAUCUUCAUUCUCUUAUAUAUAUACUUAUUUUAUGUAAUUAUCACCUUUCAUGUAUCAAUUAGUAAAUAAUAAUUUGUAUAUUUUGUUAGGUAUGUAAGCCCAAAGGUAUCAUCUAAACUAUGUCCAAAGUACAACCUCCUGACAGAUACAGAACAAGUGGACUGGAAUACCAGGUAGCCUAUUUCUGGCUUUUAUGAAAAUUUGUAAAUACAAAUAAAGAUUAAGAAUUUUUAAAACAAUUAUAAAGAAGGGAAAGUUCAGUUUAUAUUUACUUUUUUGUACAUAACUACCAUCUGUAUGUUCUGCCUUCCCAUAAAAGAAACAAAAUCAUCAACUUUUGGGGCUGUUAAUGAGAAAUAUAUGAAACUUUAGUGAAGCAAGAUGGACUGGAUGGGGACAGAAGAGAUUAAUCUCAGGAGAGAUGGUGAUAUUUUCGGGACACGAAGAAGACAAUGCCCCACAUACCCUGGGUGUUGCUAUGAUGCUAUCAAGGGCAGCACAAGGAGCACUCAUUGGAUGGGAGGCCCAUGGACCUAGAAUUCUUUUAGCAACCUUUUGAACAAAGAAACGUAGCAUCAACCUAGAUGUUAUACAAUGCUACGCACCAACUAAUGAAAGUGAUGAAGGAGACAAAGAAGAAUUCUACAAUAGAGUAAUGACCAUAGUCCAGGAUCGCCCACGGAGGAACAUCGUCAUCCUCAUGGGAGACUUUAAUGCCAAGAUCGGCAAUAGCAACACAGGGUACGAAGAGGUUAUGGGACAGCAAGGGAUAGGCGAGAUGAACGACAAUGGUGAGAGGUUUGCGGACCUAUGUGCCACAGCUGACCUGGUCAUAGGGGGGAGCAUUUUCCAGCACAAGAGGAUUCACAAAGCUACAUGGGUCUCUCCGGACAUGAGAACGAUGAACCAAAUAGACCAUGUAUGUAUUUGUAAAAAAUUCAGGCGAUCUCUCCAAGACGUACGUGUUAAGAGGGGAGCUGAUAUUGCCUCAGAUCACCAUCUUCUUGUGGCCAGGAUGAAAUUAAAACUAAAGAGACAUUAUACCGAGCAAACAGCAUACAGGACUCGGUAUAAUACCUCCCUCCUGAAGGACCAAGCCAAAAAGGAAGAAUUCAGAAUCUCACUAUUCAAUAAGUUCCAAGUCCUACAAGAAAUACUUGAAGAUGAAACCACCGAAGGAAAGUGGCAAAGCAUGAAAGAAACAGUCCAGUCAACAUGUCAAGAAGUGCUAGGAAACAGGAAAAAGGCACACAAAGAAUGGAUGACAGCAGGUACGCUGAAUAAAAUAGAAGAAAGGAAAAGAAAGAAAUCAGAAGUGAAUAACAGCCGCACCCGAGCACAGAAAAACAAGUCCCAGAAGGAGUAUGCAGAUGCAAAUAAGGAAGUUAAGAAAAGCAUCAAGAGAGACAAGAAGGAAUUUGUUGAUAAUCUUGCUAAAGAAGCAGAGGAUGCAGCCCACCAGGGGAACAUGAGGGAACUGUUUGAUACCAUUAAGACGCUGUCAGGGAAAUUUAGCAAGGUAGAGAGACCAGUGAAGGACAAAAUGGGAAACACCAUACCAAGUGAGGGAGAUGGAAGGAGCACUUUGAAGAGCUCCUGAACAGGCCUGAACCAAGAAAUCCACCAGAUAUCCAACCAGCCGAUAAUGACCUGCUAAUUGACUGUAAUAGUCCCACCAAAGAAGAGAUUAGCAGGGCCAUUAAACAACUCAGAAAUGGAAAGGCUGCGGGACCUGAUGGCAUCCCAGCAGAGGCACUGAAGGUGGAUCUGGAAACCAGUGUGGAAAUGCUACACCCUCUGUUUAUGAAGAUAUGGGAAGAGGAGCAAGUUCCUUCCGAUUGGAAAGAGGGAUACCUUAUCAAGAUCCCAAAGAAGGGAGACUUAAGCUCCUGCUCGAACUACAGAGGGAUCACCCUGCUGUCCAUCCCAGGAAAGGUUUUCAACCGUGUACUACUUAACAGGAUGAAAAACGCUGUAGACCCUCUGUUGCGGGACGAACAAGCCGGCUUUCGCACCAACAGAUCCUGCACGGACCAGAUAGCGACACUGCGCAUCAUUCUAGAGCAGUCACUAGAGUGGAACUCGCCGCUCUAUGUCAACUUUGUUGACUAUGAAAAAGCCUUCGACAGUGUUGACAGGCAAACCCUGUGGAGAUUGCUAAGGCAUUACGGGGUGCCACAGAAGAUUACUGAUAUAAUCAGAAACAUGUACGAAGGGAUAAACUGCCGAGUUAUCCAUGGCCAGCAGUUGACAGAUGCUUUCCAGGUGAAGACUGGUGUGAGACAAGGUUGCUUGCUGUCACCAUUCCUCUUCCUGUUAGCCAUUGACUGGGUGAUGAAAACAUCUACACAGCAGAAAAGAAAUGGCAUCCAAUGGACCUUGUGGGAUCAACUGGAUGAUCUUGACUUUGCUGAUGAUCUUGCACUUCUUGCACAUACCCAACAACAGAUGCAGGAGAAAACAAACAUUGUCGCAGCCACUUCUGCUAGCAUGGGUCUCAACAUUCACAAAGGGAAGAGUAAAAUCCUCAAGGUUAAUGCCACCAGUACAUCACCCAUUAUGCUUGAAGGAGAAGCCCUUGAGGAGGUGGACAGUUUUGUUUACCUUGGCAGCAUGGUAGAUAAACAAGGUGGUACAGAUGCGGACGUCAAAAUAAGGAUAGGAAAAGCAAGAGCAGCCUUCCAACAACUCAAGAAUGUUUGGGUCUCUAACAACUUAGGCAGCAAGUUAAAAGUAAGGAUUUUUAACGCUAUGGUAAAACCUGUGCUGCUAUAUGGAGCCGAGACAUGGAGAACAACGGCCGUAAACCUGACCAGAAUCCAGUCCUUCAUCAACAACUGUCUAAGAAGGAUUCUCAGAAUUCACUGGCCAGACAAAAUCAGCAACCAGGAACUGUGGCAGCGGACAAAACAGAAACCCAUUGAGGAAGAGAUUCUCCAGAAGCGGUGGAGGUGGAUUGGUCAUACACUAAGAAAACCUGCUUCUAACACAACAAAGCAAGCCCUGAAAUGGAACCCACAGGGUAAGCGGAAAAGAGGCCGUCCAAGAAACACUUGGCGCCGAGAAUUGGAGACAGACAUCAAGAAAAUUGGCCAUGAAUGGAAGAUCCUGGAGAAGCUGGCCCAGGAUAGAGAUGCCUGGAGGUCUCUCGUAGGUGGCCUAUGCCCUUGGAGGAACCGCAGACGCCGACGAUGAUCAGUGGAUGCCCCUCAUGGACGAGAAGGCUCAACAAUAUAGAAACUUACAUAUUAUGAAGCAAAGUAUUGUGGCUAUGUGAUUCUAUUUGUAAUUACAGUAGUGCUUAAAUUUUCUGAACUAAUUAGGAACUGGUGUUUGGGAUAGCGAUUUAUACGGAUUUCCGGACAUGUCCACGAAAAGGUUGCUUUUAUGAUGUUAGUGCAAAGAAUGCCAUUUAGUCUUACAAUAUAGUUAUAAAUUUAUGGUGCUUUCUUGUACAGUGUAUUAACCAUACCAUACAGUGUAUCGAGGUCAACUGAUUGAGGUCCAAAAAUUGUUGAAGACUGAAUUUUUUUUUUUUUCUGUGACAAGAAAUCAUUUCCAAAAAUAUAUCACUGACGCUUAAAAUAAAAUUUGAGGUCACUAUGUUCUUUAUAGCCAUGCAUUCUGAGAUAUAUAUUACUUAACAAGUUUGCAGAUCACAUUAUCACAGUCUGGUAACUGCAUGUACAAUAAGUAUCUAUUUUUUACCUGGAUUGUGCCCAAGGGAUUGGUAUUGUUUUCAGGUGUUUGUACUUAAAUGCUUCAUGCCAAGCACAUGGAAAAUAGUAAUAAUAUUUAUAUUAAACAAAAGGGGUUACUCCGAUAACCUAUGUUUAUGAUGCAUUAGGAAAAUUGAUGGUCUACUGUAUUAUUUAUAGACCUUUUUAUAUUAUCCUUUCCUCAAACAUAUUGGCAGUUUGGUUACAUAUAUAAGUUUAGAGGUGAUUUUUAAGAAAUGCCAUUGUCAGCAUUGGCAAAGAUGACCAAAUUUUUUAUUUCAAUUUCCUUUUGCUAGUAGUUGGGAGUCAAGUAAACAUUUAUUUACUUUCUAAUAACUUCUUCCAAUUAAAAUUGUUUCUAGGACACAUUGUUUUGAUCUCUAAUUUUAUUUCCAUAUUUCCAGGAUAAAUUCCACAGUUCAUUCUGUUGUAGUCAGCUGCAUGUGUGCUUAUACUAUGAUUUAUGAUGAUGAAAUUGCUGAAGACCCUAUUUGGUAAGUGAAUACUGACAAUAGACCGCCAAUUGUUUGUCUCAUAUCAAACUCCCCUGUUAUAGAGAGCUUGUUUACAUAAUAUUUCUCGUGCGUGCCCUAUGAUUGACCCCGCAUGAGACGCUGUGUUCACAAAGGGGUGUGGCGUAGUCUUUUGAUCUAUUCGUGUUUAUGCCGCCAACCACUAAAAAUAAUUAAUCUGUUCCAAAUAGUAUUUUGUAGAAUGAAUGGGAUGGUUCUAGAAAUGCCAUGUAGCUUAUCGAAGGCAGGGCUUAGGCGUCGGUAGACCCACCUAUAUAAGGGAUUGACAGGCACGGACGAGAGGACGGAGAUUUCAGAGAGAUUUUCUUAACAUUACGAGGCGUGUUUUAUUCUUUGUGUAUUUGUGUGCUCAUAUGUGUUUAUUUCGCAUUAUUUAUUGGCACAUUAUUCUAACUGUGUUAACUGUGUACCGGUACAAGAUCUACCAUACUGUAAGUUGAAGAUUGUAAUUAUAUUUUUAUUUUAUUUUGUAAUUAUCUUAAGACUUAAUAAAUCUUAAUUAAUUAUAACUAGAAACUGUUUUGGGUCGUAUCUUUAAUAUUGUUGAUUCUAUGGUAUCGUCCUUUGUUAGGCACUGCUUACAACGAGCCAAUUAAAAUUAAAAUAGGAGAUUAAUUUCUCCCAAUACAAGUCAUGUUUUGGGUCGUAUCUUUAAUAUUGUUGAUUCUAUGGUAUCGUCCUUUGUUAGGCACUGCUUACAACGAGCCAAUUAAAAUUAAAAUAGGAGAUUAAUUUCUCCCAAUACAAGUCAGUGCGUAACAUCCCCUGUUUCAACUUAAUGAUUAGGUUUAUUUUACUCAUGGCUUACCUCCUACCCAAGAAUAAAUGCUCCUGCUAGAUGAAACUAUUCCGCCCAGCUAGUAGCCUAUAGCUAUGGACAACCCUAGAUGUAUUUGCACCUACAACACCCAUUUCAAUUUCCCCAUAGGGCUUCCAGCCAAAGCAUUCAAUCAUAGAUGUGUAAACUAUCUUAAAAAUUGUUUAAUCAUUUAUUGUUCUAGAGCUUGUAUGGUUUUUCCUUAUCAAAAUAUCAGAAUUUGAAGGAAUUGAUAAUCAUUAGAGGAGUUGUAGUAUGUAGUUUAUUUUUAAAAUUGUCAUCUUAUGCCCUAAUAAGAAUGGCUGUGUAUCACUGUUAACAGGAUUGUGACACUGAUUUUUUCUGCUGCUGUUGCACAUCAAAAGAUGUGCUCUGACCAGAAAGUAUAAAAAUCCAUGAUCUGGGGCUUAUUUCUACAUUCAUCUGAACCCUUUUUAUAAUUAUAGGACAUUAGCGGUUUUUUAUAUUAUUUUAUUCAAAGUUAAUCUGUCUGCAUUUCUUUAAUUGUGAUUGAGACAUUAUAGUUCUUUCAGUGUGUCAUACUUGACAUUGGAAUAUAAUAUGUUUGAACAGGUGGGACUCCCCUUUGGUUAGGACAAGCUGUGCAAUAGUAGCUGGAUAUAUGACAUCUGGUAAGACUCAUUUUUUAAGCAUGAAAAUUAAUCACUAGAAUUUUUAAUUUUUCAACCAACCAGCACAAAUUUUAAAAUGCUGAACUGAUAAAUAAAUGUGGCUUUCAAUUUCAUCAAUAAUAGGAAUAAUAUCAUGGUCAUAAAUAAUUUUAUUGAAGAUUUUAACAUCCUCAAUAUGUUAUAUGGAGAAGUACACAUGUAUCAUUCUCCCUCAGAUGUGAUAAUUAUGAGUAUUCACUACAAACAAAUAGGAGAGGUCUUCUAUGUUUUACAUCAUGGGGCAUCUAUUUAUGCUUAUUACUAUGUCAUGGUAAGUACAAAAAUUAUAAUUUUUCAAUAAAAUUGUUAGGCACACAAAGAAACUUACUCCUAAAACUUAGAAUUUCUUUUUAUUCCUAACACCUAUAAAUUUACACUAAUUACCCACUUUUACCUUUGUAUCUAAUGGCUUCUUUUCAUCAUGAAGUCACCAAUUACUUUUGUGCAGAUUACUCGCUGUAGUCUCUAUUAAAUUUUAUAUACCUAAACAAAUUUAACAAAUCCCACGGUUGUGAAACUUUUUGGGGAUCUUGAAGGGGUAUAAACAUUUUUUUUUAAGGUUAUUGUGGGCAGGUAGGUUAACAGACAAUACAAAAUAACCCAAUCUUUCAGUAGAAAUAUAGAAAUCUACCUCUUUUUUCCCCUUCCUAAUGUAUUCUAAAAAAUAAAUUUUCUUUAAGGGGUUUGCAGUCAGAAACCAAAGAUACAAUGUCUAGCAUUAGCAUAAGUGAUAUUUGACAUAUCCAUAAUAUUUUUUUAUCUAUAAAUUUACUGACACUUUAUCAUACUUUUGAUAAAUUACUAAAUAUUUUUCAGACUUACGGUGUUUUACCCUACUUUGCUAACUAUCGAUUAGUUGCUGAAUUUUCAACACCAUUUGUUAACCAAAGGUACUACAGGAUAAAGAUAUCAAAUUACUUAGGAAUGUAACUUUAUCCAUCUUAACUCUACUGAUAUUAUCUCUCAUGUUCUUAAAACUUAUUCAUACUAUCCUUGGUUUUUUUUUUUAAGCCUUCACAUAAAUCAUAAAUAUCUGAUGGUGAUUGACACUUUUAUAAAAAUUUAAAUAAUUUUAAAACAUUAACUGAAAAACUUAUCAAUUGUAGACUUAUACUUGUUCAAAUGAAGAGUCUCCAAGUGUUGCCCUUUAACUUGAAUAUUGGAAUGAAGCUGUGAUGGAAUAGAACUUAGUACGCCUGUAUAUUUGUUUGUAACUAUGGUGAUUCCCAAGUUUGACUUUACAGGAUAAAAGAACGUUUUGGGACCACCAGUUUAGAUAAUAGUAAUGGUUUCAAAACUAACCUUUCUAUUAACUUAACUUCUAUAUAUCUUAAGGGCCCACGAUCAAUUUAUUUUACUUUUUCCAUACCGGUAUUAUUCAUAUUUUUGGCCUAAUAAGCAGAAAUGUGGUUUAGCUAUGAGAUUUUAAAUGUAAUUUAAAUCAGUCUCAUGAUACUGACAACCAAUUUUUGUUUUCUCCUCAGGUGGUUCCUUGCACAAUUGGGUUAUGACAAAACAAACGUUAUUUUUGUGUCCAACGGUGUAGCCAUGGCCGUGACAUUUUUUAUUGUUAGGAUUGCCGUCAUGCCAUCCUACUGGCACCGUGUUUACACUGUCUACAACACACCUGCAUUUAAUAGGCUUGGAUACAUACAGCUCUGUCUCAUAAUUCCAUGCAUCAUUUUGGAUAUCAUCAACAUUUAUUGGUUCUAUAAAAUAUGUGUUGGUGCAUAUAGAAUCUGUUGCAUGUUUUUUGAAAAGGAAAAACUUGAUGGAAAAUCUUCUUCUGGGUCCAAACUUUUUAACACAACAUUUAAAAAUUUAUUUAUCAAAACCAACCAUCCUGUAAGUCACAAACACAUUGAUUAAAAAAAAUCUAAAAUAACUCUAUUAGAAUUAUUUGAUUCUUUAUGUUAUUGUGAAACACUUUUGACUUCAACAUUGAAUAUUUAGUAGAUAUGUAAAAUGUAAAAGCUAAAUUAAUGUUGCUGAAUUCAGUUGAAUCCCAUUUAUUAAAAAUAGCUGCAAUAAUAACUCUGAAAUUUAUGUCAAUGAAUUUUACUGAAAUGUAAGAAUGCUUUAAUAUAGACAUUGAAUUCAUAUCCUCAACUGAAUGCAUAUCAUUCUACUUGUAGAAAAUACUGAGAUUUUAGAAAAUGAGAUUAGAAGGUUUUAGUUUCAUAGAUAUAAAAUAAUACGAACAGAAUAAGCCAUGCUGGUUUUUUUUUAAAGAAACAAAACAAAAAACAAGAGAGUAUGAAAAGAAGAAUUGCUAUCUGAAGAUGUAGCAUCUGGAAAUCACCAAGUGAAAGAAAUUGCUCUCUGUGUACCUCAGUGAUCAUACAGUUUUUAGCUUCCCACAAAGGAACUAUUACUUUAGAUGCAGUGGAAUCCAAAAAUGAAUAAAUAGCAAUCAUACACUAACUAUCUAAAGACAUGAAACUAUAAUAAAUGAAGCUGGUCUGUAAAUUUAAAAUUACUAAACACAUGUAAAAUUGAGUAUAGAAUUUGCUUAAGAAUUUUUAACCGUUAAUAAUUGGCUUUGUUGGGCAAAUUUUUUUAAACAACGUGGAAAGUAAAUUUUUAUUUUCCUGACUCUCCUUUAUGUUUAUUCAAUAAAAAUCACAGGCAAAUCAUUUUUAUGAUAAAUUUUUAAAUUGUGGAAUGGGGUUCAUUUAUAAUAAAAUUAGUUAAAAUUAUUUCUGUAAUGAACAAUAUAAAUAAAUCGGUCUGUAAUAAAUCGUCAUUUCUAAAAGUCUACUAAGAAUUUUGCAGUGCCAUACAAAAUAUUUUUUAAAAUUUAUUCAACCAUCUUUUGGCACAUCAUACCAAAUUUAUACUUGCUCUUUAUAUAUUAUUGCAUUUUGUGAUUUCUACGAAUUGUGGCUUCUUGUCAGAAAGAUUUCUAUAUUUUUAUCCUUACUUUUUAACAAAAUCAUGUUAGAAACUUUGGGCAACUGGUAAUUGAAACUCUACCAUUUUAUUGGGUUGAUCUUGUCUUUGUCAACCUGUUGGAUUCAGUUUGAUAAUUCUAUGUGAUAAGACAUUCAGUGCUAGUGAACAUGUAUAUCACUGUUAUCUAUAUGAAAUUGCAAGGAUCGAUUUCCAGAAAUAUCAAUGUCAUAUCACAAGCUUUUGACUGGAAGAUCUUCUAUAUACCUAUAAUUUAUAACCUAAGUAUACUCCAAGCAAAUUCAGCUUAGUCAUGCAUUUAUUAAGUUAAUUUCCACAAGUUGAUUGUAAUCAGCAGACCUAGUGGUUACAUCUUUGGCUUGUAUUGAAAAUAUAUAUGGGCAUAAAAUAAAAUAGUCCUAUGAACUUGAUAUUGUGGUGAUUCUAAUCUUUCGUCAGACUAAUUUUGUUGUUUUCCCUGGUUAUACAACUUUGUAUAAAUUUACACUACUCAACAAUAGCAUUAAAAUUCACACCGCUAAAGUUCAUUCCCAAAAGUUUCCGGUUUUAUAUACCAGUCAUUUAUUCUCUAUACUUGACUGUUAUUUCUUUUCUUAGUAGAUUAUUUUUAAGGUAUGUUGAUUUUUGAAGGAGAAGGAAAAUGUGUUUUCAAAAUUGUGUUAGUCUUUUUCACCUCACCAUAUGAAAGUUGAAGUUUUAUUUCUUACAGCCUCAAUAUUAAAUUAGGUGCUUCAAUUUCUAUGUAAAGAAUCAGAAUAAUUUCAAGGUGUACAAAAUAAUUCCUUAAAUUUUAGUGGGGGAAAAAAAAGGAUUUGUAUUGUAAAAUCAAAUAUAGAUUUCUUUUUAACCACGCAAAAAGAUGGCUAGGGAAGGAAUGUGGCUAAGGUAGGAAUUCAUUUCUUAACUAUAAUAAUAAUUAAAUUUUCAAUAUAUUUUUUUCAAAAAACCACAUCUAUUUUUUAAUGCAAGUUAUUUACAGAUGAAUUUUUACAAAAUUUGGAAAACUCAUUUUGUAUGACAAUUCAGUUUUAAUGAGAUGCUUUGCCACUGGGGCUUGCAAGUUAACUUUACAAUUUAGGCCUUUUUUUUUUAGAUUAUUAAAAUGGGCUCUGAAUCGGAGUCACUUAUGUGUUUUGAUGCAUCAACAGGCUUAUAAUAUAUUUAAAGUAUGGUAUUGAUGAAAUAUGUGCUACCGUACUGAUCGUUUAAAACAAGCCUGCAUGACAUACAACCAUCAGGGCAGAAUGUGACCAACCAGCAAUUACUCUGCAGCCCCUGAAGCCUCUUGUAAACAUACAAUGAGAAAUUUAAAAUCAUAUUCCCAAGGUUUUAGAUUUAUAAUAUAAAAGUAGACAUAAGAAAUGAAAAUCAAUACUUAUUUUCAUUUUGAAUAUUUUUUUAUUUUUUAGAUAGGGUAUUAUAGAUAUAAUAAUAUUUUCAUAAUAAAUAAACUAACUAUCCUUUUUUUUAAAUUAUUUACUUGAUAGCUUUACAACCUAUCCUAUUUUCUUGCACCCAGCAUGCAGUUUUUACUUGAUGUAAUAUGGCCCUCAUCAUUUUUUCGAGUUAUGCCUGGUUUAAAAUUUAAUUGACAAGAAGUAUCCAAUGCAAAGUCAGGCAGUGUAAAGAUAUAUACAGAAGAGUUAUCUUUAGUCUUUUCUAUCUCAUGAAUUGAUAAAUGCAAGAAAUGAUACCUACUUUAAGAAAUAUUGUUAUUGUUAAGGUUGUAAACAGUACCAAGUAAUAAAAAUGUUUAAUAUUUUGGCGUUUUAGAAAGCUUUAGAGCCUUGUACUUGUAACUUAUAUUAUAAAAUAGCCAAUUAAAUUUGCAAUAAAACAUAUUUUGGGUACCGUAUGUAAAUAUACGAAUUUUAAAAAUCAUAUACUGAGUUUUCAAAUCUUGAAAAUUGAUAGAUGAUUUAAGCAAGGAGGUAAACAUAUAGUUUAAUUUAAAGGAGAUAAAGACAGGUUAAAUCAAUUACCUAUUUUACAUGCAAUGACUGUCAUUUUAACAACAAAUCUAUCUUUUACUAAUAACGUUUUGUUUAUUAGUUUUCUUUUUUUUUCACCAGCUCAAAUAUGUAGCUUUGUAUUAUUACUUUGAAAUUGAAUCUGCACUUUUUAAGGAAGUAAGUAAGACAUGUCCAAUCUUCUGUUCAUUAGAUAGGACUACUAUUUUAAUAAAACACACCAUUUUCAGAGCUACAGGUAUCUUAUUUUCAAAUUUUUUUUUUUAAUCUGCAGAAAGAUUUCUUAUACAUACUUUCACUUUCAUUAAUUUCUGAUUUUCUUCUGACACCUAAUCCUUAAACAAUGUAAGAAUAUUUUUUUUUUAAAGCUAUACUGAAACACAAGUGUAAAUGAGAACAAAAUUGCUAAAGAAAUCUACAUAAUACAAUGCAAAUAUUUUCUUUUAAUUUUUUUUUUUUUGGUUUUAUUUGUUGAAUUUCAUGUAAUAAAAAAGAUUGUUUUCAGUUUCUUGAAUUUACUUUGAUUUUUAGAAUAG